AUGGAUUCUGAUUGCGUAUCAGUUUGUGUCAAUAACAAAAGUAUCCCCAUCAGGCCAACCUUCGCAAACCUCUACAAAUGGCCAGAAUCAGAAGUUGAAUUUGUGAAGACUAUGAACACAAACAGUUUUUGCAACAACAAAGCUGAAUUUGAUAGUCUUUCUUGCAGGCAAAUGUAUUUGAGAAGCUACAGAUUCUCAAGGAAGAAGUUGAGUGUCACUGAGAAGACCAUUAAAUGCUUCAACAGUGUAAAGGAGAGUGUGAUUUAUGCAAGCAACAGAUUAAACUAUAAUAUUAAGGGUAAUUGUAAGAUUCUAGGGAGGGCUAAGUAUGUUACUUAUGCUUCUGUUUCAAUCUUUCAUAGGAUGCUUUCUCGAUUUGGUAAGGUUCAUCUCGCUCGUUAUGGUUACUAA